CAUGGACUCAUUGACUUCCCAUCACUAGUCCAGACUUGGAGGGGAAGUUAUCUAUAUAAGAAUGGUGCUGAUUCCUCUUCAAAGGUUCAACUUCAACAGCCAUCUAUUCUCUCCUCACAUCACACAGCCAUCUUUAUCAAUCCACCAAACUCACCCUCAAUUACACUACUUUACCAAACCUCAUCAUGAUGCUCCCUACCAAGUCCCUUCUGGCCGUUCUUGCCUUUACCACACUUGGCCUAUCCGCACCAGCCGCUCCCCCUACCACGAGCAAUUCCAUUGAAGAGCGUGUCCCAGUUCUCGCAUGCUACGGUGGAGUUUGGCAGAAAUGCGUGUCGUUCUACACAUCUCUCUGCCCUCUCUCUUGCAAUCCCACCAAGCCUACUAAGAAUACUUGCGUGUACAACUGUCUUCAGGAGGCGCAACUUGGGUGCAAAGAGAGGUGUCACAAAUAGAUCGCUUUGGGGAAUGAGGAUGUGGCUAAUAGUUGCGGAGUACACCGUAUGCCGCCAAUUGCUAGAUGUACGGGACUCUAGUACACGGGGAUAAUUUGUAUGUAGGAUGGAUAAAGCAUUGAGCUCUUUGUUCAGAAGGAAGCAUUCAUAUUCCGUAAGUUACUGGGCUUCUGUAAGCUCCUGUACUAGUCUCUAGUAAAUGCUUCAGUUCCUUUUAUUUUA